AUUGAUUCAUCCAUUACUUGCUCACUAAUCCACCUACCUUCACACCUCCAUCAAACCCCCAUUUCAUCUUCCUCAACCCCUCAGAAACCCACCACCAAUGGCGUUAGAAUGGGUGGUUCUGGGCUACGCCGCCGCAGCAGAAGCCGUCAUGAUCCUCCUCCUGACUCUCCCGGGCCUCGACUCCCUCCGCAAAGGCCUCAUCGCCGUCACCACCAGCCUCCUCAAACCCUUUCUUUCCGUCGUCCCCUUCUGUCUCUUCCUGUUGGCCGACAUCUACUGGAAGUAUGAGACCAGACCCAGUUGCGAAUCGGUUACCUGUUCACCGUCUGAACACCUUCGUCACCAGAAGUCAAUCAUGAAGAGUCAACGCAACGCUUUGCUUAUUGCUACUGCUCUUGUGUUUUACUGGAUCUUGUAUUCUGUUACGAAGCUUGUUGUUCGUGUUGACCAGCUUAAUCAGCGGAUUGAGAAGUUGAAGAACAAGGAGUGAAUGGUGAAUUUCAGAUGAGUUAUGUUCUAUCUGGAUCUGAUUAUAUUUUGUUAAUCGAGUACCUAUUAUUGUUAAAUGUUAUUCGAAUUUGAAAACCUAUUAUUGUCGAAUACUCGAAUAUUAUUCGAAUUUGAGGCUUGGUGAAAUCUACUAUGGAUCAUGUUAUGGUGAUA